AUAGACGUGUCUUUGCUUUCAUGGCGUCUCUCCUAUGUCUGAUCGUCUCAAUGAAGUUUGCAUUCUUUUUUGCGUUCCAUUCGUAUCCGAGUUCAUCCACGCAGAUUGCCGCUUCGGCGGAGAUAUCCCUGGCUCUCCGUACCCAGGAGCCACUCGGUGCGCAGCGACCGGUGGCGUCGGCGCCAGCACCCGCCGCUCCGGUUCCCGCGGUUUACUCUGCUCUUCCUGGCGGAUGAUAUCCCGAAACCGCUGCAGCAGCUUCUCAAACGCGGACACAUGGUUGUCGCCCGGCCCCAGGUUGAUCCCGAGCCGCGUAUGUACUUCAUCUGAAAUGCUGCGCAUGCUGGCCUUUUGGGGGGUUGCGAAUGCGGCGGCAUGCGGCGAGAGUCCGCCGGCGCCGGAGACGUUUUUCAUGACGCGUUCGAGGCGGGUUUGGUUCCAUUGUUUGCUGCUCUCGCUCCGUUGGAUCGCGCCGCCGCCGUCCUUGUCUUCGCGUUCAAAACCUAGCCAACCAUCUCGGAGAGCGUCGAUUUCAGCGCGUGCGGUAUCUAAUUCCUUCCGGGUCGUCUGGAGCUCGGAUGAGGUUUGGAAGUACGCGCGCAGCAGCUCGAUUUGCCACGCUUGCGACUUGUCGUACGAUGACAACGAACUGAAGUGUGCAUACGAGACAUCGACAUGCUCGAGGAUUAUGGCCGCCUCUGGACCUGUCACAUGAGGACCUUGAUGGUUGUCCUGCGGUGUCAUCGAUUCGGUCGCCGUGUUCCUCGCAUUCGGCAAAUCGCUUGACUUUUGCAUGCACCAUUUCUCCAUCCAUGCGCUAUGGUUCGCAAGGCGUUCCCGGACGGUGCGAACCAGCGCAUCAUAUUGAUUCGGGCCGGGCGGACUAAUGGAGCAAGAUGACGACAUCGCAAAGGGCGUCGCGGAGAAGAGCGUCGGUGGAGGUUCCAGGAUUCGGAGGCACAGGCCGGGAAAGUUGUGGGAGACGGGGUCGAAGGGAAAUGGAUGCGCGGGAGGCU